AGACUUGGAAAAAAAAAAAAAAAACUGAAAGGGUUGUGGAUUCUGAAAAAAUUGGGUUUUUGGGAGAGAAGAGAAUGAUGGAAGAUUUUGAGAAGAAGGUUUCGAUAACAGAAAAAAUGGAGUCUGACAUUGACGAAGCCGCCUGCUCCUCCUCCUCCUCCACCACCUCUUCCUCCAAAACCGUCCAUCUGCUUCGCAGUUUUCUUGCCAUUCAAGAACGCAGAGCCCAAGCCUAUUCCAAACUCAAAAGUGGGUUUGCUGAGUAUAUGGUAUCUGGAGGAGAAUUAGCUUAUCAACAACUUUGUAGCGAGAUCACACAAGAGUUCAACGAUUGCUCCAAACAAGUCCUUGAAAUGGAGUCGCUAUUUAUGAAUCCUGAUUACAGCCGAAUUGAUCUAGCUCAGUUGCUAAAAGCCGUUCAAACGCAGGAAAAGCAGAAGUUGCAACUGACAGCUACAAUUCAGGUGUUAAAGAAAGCUGGUCGUCCCUCAGAACGUCUAGUGAGCCAUGAGAACUGCAGGUAUAAGACGGCAAUGGAGCAUGAGUGUGUCCACGUCCAUGAGAUAACUGAAGAUGCCGGAACUGAAGAGGCAGAGGCAAAUGCUGAGUACGAGAAUGCUCUCAAGGAGGCCAUUAGGGGUGUGCAGAAUACAGUGACAGCUAUAAAUGAACAUUUAGAAGAAGUCAGAUAUGAAAUUGCAGCCCUCGAAGCUGAGUGACUCUAACAUCUUUGUUUAGCAAUUUGCUUGUUAAGAAGCAGAUCUAUGUCUGUAAGCUUAAAGGAUGGAGGAAAAACAAAAAGACUGAAUAGCUAAUGUAAAUCUUUGUGCCAACUUUAAAUCAUUAUCUUUGCUUGGUCACUGAAAUGUAGGUAGAUCAACUCAUUUGCCAUUACCUCUUCUGUUUUUGGGUGGCGUGAUGGGAAUGAUCUCUGGUGGCAAUUAAUACAGGGACUUCCAAGGCUCUA